UCUAUGGGUAGAGUGUAAGAUCAACUCUGCACAAAGACAUAUCCAACUGUUCCAGACCCGAGACGUGCUGCAGUAUGCCGAUGGUGGAGAUGUGGGUGCACAUCGACUGCCCCGGGUGUGAGAACAAGAUACGAAAGGCCCUCUCGAAGCUACAAGGGGUGGACGCUGUGGAGAUAGACAUGGCGAUGCAGAAGGUGACGGUGAUCGGGUGGGCGGACCAGAAGAAGGUGCUCGAGGCGGUGAGGAAGACGAGGUGCACGGCGGUGCUGUGCCCGUAUCCUCUGAACGCGGAGACCAACGUCCAGGCGCAGGAGUACUACCAUCUGCAGCACCCGACGCCGGCUCACCGUCUCCUCUUCAACGUCGCUCCGCGGUCUUACAACUACCACAAGCACGGGUACGACGACUCCAGCUUGCAUGGCUACUACCAGGAGCCGGCACAAACCCACAUCAUCGGAGACGACGCUCGCGCUCGCUUCAGCGAUGACAACCCUACUGCUUGCUCCGUCAUGUAGCAGCAGCACUUGCUUGCUGCAAUCUUCUCCUGUGUGCAUGUGUGAUAUAUGUAUAUAUGUAUUAUGCCGUAAGGAGUCGCAACACUAGUGGGGAUCUUUGUAUGUUGUAAUUAUCACAAUAAAAGCUAAAUCCUUGGGGGGGCGGCUGCUCUGCUCCCUUUUGUGAGGCCUUCUUUGA